UUCAUCACCAUGACCUUCAUCAUCAUCUUCAUCUGGACUCUGUCAUACAGCUUCACACUGCAAGGAUGUGCAGCUCAGAUCACAGUGACCCAAAGUCCAGUGGAAACAGUUAAACCUGGAGAAAAUGUUCAGAUGAGCUGCAAACUCAGCACUAGUAGUUAUUCAGGCUGUAACCCACCCUGUGUGUCCUGGUACUUACAGAAACCUGGAGAAGCUCCUAAACUCCUGAUUUAUUGGACCAGCUAUCGUUAUUCAGGAACUGCAUCUAGAUUCAGUGGCAGUGGAUCUAAUGUUGAUUUCACCCUGAGCAUCAGUGGAGUCCAGACUGAAGAUGCUGGACAUUAUUACUGUCAGAGUUACCACAGUGGUGGUGUGUUCACACACUGCUGUUUCACAGCUGCUGAAGUGACGGUCUCUCAGACGCCUGCAGAGAAACUCGUUCAUCCAGGAGAGAAAGUGACCAUCUCCUGUAAAACCAGUCCUCAAGUUUACCAGGGUUGGAGUGUUCAGCCUUUACACUGGUACUUACAGAAACCUGGAGAAGCUCCUAAACUCCUGAUUUAUCAAGCAAGCAGCCGCCAGUCUGGAACUGCAUCUAGAUUCAGUGGCAGUGGAUCCAACAGUGAUUUCACUCUGAGCAUCACUGGAGUCCAGACUGAAGAUGCUGGACAUUAUUACUGUCAGAGUACUGAACCUACAAGAACAACAAUGACCUUCAGCAGCAUAUUGAUCUGGACACUGGCAGCAUUAUGUGGAGAAUGUAUUGGUCAGGUGACAGUGACUCAAACUCCCUCAGUGCUGCUCUCUGAACCUGGACGAUCACUCACUGUCAACUGCAGAUUCAGCAGUGAUCCAGAGUGCUGUUAUAAUGGAGAUCCUGCUGUUAGCUGGUACUUACAGAAACCUGGAGAAGCUCCUAAACUCCUGAUUUAUUAUACAAUCAACCGUUAUUCAGGAACUACAUCUAGAUUCAGUGGCAGUGAAUCUAACAGUGAUUUCACUCUGAGCAUCAGUGGAGUCCAGACUGAAGAUGCUGGACAUUAUUACUGUCAGAGUGUACACUACAUCAACAGUAACGCUGUGUUCACACAGUGA